AUGCCCACCAACAUUACCGCCUGUCCACCUUCCGAUGCGGCCGCGCCUCCGGCCGACGACGAGAAGAUUGCGGUCAAAGUCGCGAACAACGAGAGCUUUUGCGUCAAAUAUGAACUCUUAAUGCUCAGCUCGGUCCUUCGCGACGCUUUCCACAUGCAGUCCUUAUCCGGCGGGGCUUCCGACAAGCAAGCUAUCAAGAACGCAGAGAUCGAACUCAACUGCACGGCCGGGCAAGCCAAAUGGCUGUUUGGCAUCCUAGAAGGGAAGGGUCUUAACGACCUCAAGGAAUCCACAAUGAGAUUUUCUUCAGUCGGACCGUCUCUUGGGAGCCUCAUGAGUUCGGAGGACGCAACCACUCCGUCGCCUAUCGUCCUCAGGCACGUCCUUCGCUCGGCAGAUUUCUACGAUUUCCCUUUUUUUCCUCGGAUCAUGAAAGAGGUCUUGUACGAACUCGCCGAUAAGGGAACUGCCUAUGCGCUAUCGGCUGCUGCUAUGGCGAUCGAUCAGAGGGACCUGAAGAUGGCGAGGUAUGCGAUCAAGCAUAUGGGAGGUUUGCCGAGUCCGCUGGCCUUCGACAAGCUUGCGGUGCAAGCUAUCGGAUUGGAUGUAUGGUGGUGUCUUGUUGAUGCCUAUCGCAGGACGAUCGCCGACGCCCGGACCUCAGUGAGAGUUCACUAUGAUACGCAAACGCAAGAGGUAGCGGUGCCUUGGUCUGGAGAUCUCACUCAAUGGACAUCCAUUGCAAACGCGAUCGUUUUCGAGUAG